AUACAUUUCGACUCUCAACUCCCAAGGUCCCUUUUUUUUUCUCGAUCUGGAAGCGCCGCAGUAGCAGCCAUGGACGUGAGCGGAGCAGGCGGUAAGGCGAAGAAGGGCGCGGCGGGGCGCAAGGCCGGCGGGCCGACGAAGAAGUCGGUGUCGCGGUCCUCCAGGGCCGGGCUGCAGUUCCCCGUCAGCCGCGUCGGGCGGUACCUCAAAAAGGGCCGGUACGCGCAGCGUGUAGGCACGGGUGCCCCCGUCUACCUCGCCGCCGUCCUGGAGUACCUCGCGGCCGAGGUGCUCGAGCUCGCCGGCAACGCGGCAAGGGACAACAAGAAGACGCGCAUCAUCCCGCGCCACGUGCUCCUCGCCAUCCGCAACGACGAGGAGCUCGGCAAGCUGCUGGCCGGCGUCACCAUCGCCCACGGCGGCGUCCUCCCCAACAUCCACACUGUGCUCCUCCCCAAGAAGGUGGCCGAGAAGGCGGCCAAGGAGCCCAAGAAGGCCGCUAAGUCCCCCAAGAAGGCGUAGAGUGAUCUCCUGUCUUAGAACAAUAUUACCAUUAGCAAUCGUGCAGUUAGACUAGAUCAUGUUUAGUGUAGAUCCGCAAUGUUCUUGUCCCUGCAGCCAUCUGGAACGGUUUAUCUAGUACAUCCGUGCACUUUCCUUGCUAAUUGCAAAAAAAGCGGUCUAAUCUUUUGUUUCGUUUCUUGCGUACAUUUGCGAUUUAUGCUCGUUAAUACACUUAUUAAUAUCA